GACCUCUAGGUGUAUCCUCAGCUCCACUGUUCACUGCUGUCGCGUUCAUUCACCAGCGAAGAAACGUGCAGAAAGAAAACAAACAAGCGGAGAUCCUUUUCUUCUGAUCUGGGCCCUUUAAACAGUUACGCUGGACUUUUCUGACACACGCUCAGACAUGUCCUAUGUCUUCAUCAAUGACUCGUCCCAGACUACAGUGCCUCUACUGCAGGCCUGUAUCGAUGGGGACCUUCCAUUUGCCAAGAGGCUCCUGGAGACAGGCUGUGACCCAAACAUCAGGGACAACCGCGGGCGUACCGGGCUACACCUCGCUGCCGCCCGGGGCAACGUCGAGAUAUGCCGUCUGCUGCAUAAGUUUGGGGCUGAUCUCCUAGCAACAGAUUACCAAGGCAACACGGCACUGCAUCUGUGUGGACAUGUGGAUACCAUACAGUUUCUGGUGUCCAAUGGGCUCAAGAUUGACAUCUGUAAUCACAACGGAUCAACUCCCCUGGUUUUGGCAAAGCGGCGUGGGGUGAACAAAGAUGCCAUCCGUCUGCUGGAGGGUCUAGAAGAACAGGAAGUGAAGGGCUUCAAUCGUGGAGCUCACUCCAAACUGGAGACCAUGCAGAUGGCUGACAGUGAGAGCGCUAUGGAGAGCCACUCUCUGCUGAACCCGAACCUGCAGAGCACAGAGGGCGUUCUGUCGAGCUUCCGCACCACAUGGCAGGAGUUUGUGGAGGACCUGGGCUUCUGGAGGGUGCUGCUGCUGCUGGUGGUCAUCGCGCUUCUGUCUCUGGGCAUCGCGUAUUACGUCAGCGGAGUCCUACCAUUCUCCACCAGCCAGCUAGAGCUCGUGCACUAAGACCACAUCACCACACAGGACAGGGUUUUAAGCAUACACUAUCAGUCACAUGUUUGGACACACUAUUUCAUCUAUCUUGUAUAUUCUAACUGAAGUCAUCGAAACUAUGGAUGAACACUUAUGGCGCUCAACAGUCCCACCCACUUCAAAGUUUGCUCUGGUUCCAUAAGUAAAUUUUCCAUAAAUUUUCCCCCAUAAACCAUUCUAAAAAAUUCAAAUAAGAGUUCAAAGGCAUCGCGGAGGCUAGCCAGCUGCGUGGUAACUAAUGUCCAUAAUGCAGCUGUUUUAAGCCCAAAAAGCACAUUUAAAACACAAUUUCUACAAACCUUUUUUUUUUUUAAUACACAUUUUUUUCUGAAUGUCGAAAAUGUAUGGGAAGAAUUUAUGGGAAUUUUACUUCCAGAGCCAGGGGCUGGCCUUCACUGCUGAGCUCCACGGAAUCUAGUAAAAAAAAAAAAAAAAACUUAAAAUAGCUCAAAACUUGUAGCUACUCUUUGCUUUGAUAACUGCUUUUGACCAUUGACAUUUCUAGACCCUGACAUGGCACAAUAGUGAUUUUACCUCAAAACAAAUUUGUGGAUUUUUUUCUUAAAAAACUUGAUUUUUGAUUCCCUCUCUCCUCUAAAAAUGUUGUGCAAACUGCAGAAAAUGGUCAAAAUUGAAAAGAUUCUAUCCAAUGGUCAUAUUUCACCCAUUGGUCAUUGGGGAAAUCUUUUAUGAAUUAAAGUAUCAAAGUAAUCAAAGAAUCAAGUGUAAAACAAAGUAUUGCAUUAAAUACGCUCUCCCAACAUUUAAUGUGACAUCACUGAUUUCAAAACGGUCAGCACUGUAUGGCCCUGUGCUGUGCGCGGGCCCUGUGCCCCUGUGCUAAACUCUGCUCCAAACUCUGCUCCCUGUGACUGCCAUGUGCAGCCUUUCUUGCAUUUUAAAUGCAAUUUUCCAAUGCAAGAGAGAGGAGAAAAUAAAAAUACAUUUCUUCCUUCCAAACAAAUUUAUUUCACCUUCAAAUUCAUCAGUUUAAUACAUUUUUUGCCAUGCCCUAGGGCUGUGAAGUGAAAACCAUUUCAGGAGACUUCAUCAUGAGGCUCAGUGAGAGAAGGUUUGUAGCGCUGUCAACAAAGCAAAAGGUGGAUACUCUGAGGAUCUGAAUAUAAAACAUAAAAAUAUGUAUUCAAGUUAUUUAACUUUAUUUCUUUGCUACAUAAUCUUGUAUAUUUUGCUUCAUAUAUUUGUCUUCCGUGUGUAUCUAAUAUGUCGAAAGUAGUGAACAUAAAGAAAAAAACAUUGACUGAAAAGGUGUGUCCAAACUUUUGACUGGUAGUUUACUUAAUGAUUGGAAGAAUGUCUGGUUAUACUUUAUAAUAACUACACCUUAAUUAGCCUUAAAGGUACACUAUGUAACUUUUUUGGUAGGACGAAUGCCGCCUAUUUGUUCCAUUGAGAUGUUAUUGCUUAAUAUGAAAUGUUUCACAGCACAGCAUUAAGCUCAUUGCUCUUGCAUCUAUUCAUUUUACAGUUUUUUAAGUGCUUAAAAAAUACUGAAGAAAAAAAAAAAAAAACCCCACAUACAAUCUUACUGUGAACAGGAUCACCUAUCCACAGAUCUGACCUGCACCACUUGCUUGUUGCCAUGGAAAUAUAUACACAUUUCGCCAUACUGUGGAACACUGUUGGCAAAGCGAUAGCAUCUCCUUUAAGACAAACAGGUGGCUGAGCCUCCACUAGAAAGGUUACACAGUGCACCUUCAAUAAAGCACGAACAAAGACUUUAAUUCAUAAUGAACAAAUAGUUUAUCAAGAACGAUUCAGGCUUAGUAACUGCCUAAUUAUGUAGAUAAUAAACCUUAAAUAAUGCACUAACGCUAACUUGUAACCCUAACCCCUUAGAUUACGAGUAAGAGUUAGAGUGAGAUUUAAGUAGUCACUAAACCUCAUUCUUUAUUAACAAUUUGUGCAUUAUGAAUUCAAUCUUUCUUCAUGAUUAGUUAGGUGUAGCUAAUAUAAAUAUCACCAACUGUCUAGUCAAGUAUUUUGUUUCUGAUUUGGUCAUCUCUCAAAAGUUAAGAUUUAAACAGAUGAGCUUUUAAUGGUAUUUCUAGCAACAAGUACAAAUUCUUCUAAGCUUAAAGUUAAAAAAUAUAUAGAUUCGUUUUAAGUUGUCUUGUGUUAAGAGUGGGUUAAUACGUUUAGGACAUAUCAAUACAUCUGCUUUGGAGUAGCUGACAGGUUAAAAACAUCACUUCUAAUUUGGAGGUAGCAACAUACUUCUGUAAUGGGUGACGUGUAUUGUCCAAUGACACAACAUCAAGCCACAAUGCUGGGAACGAGGAUGAAACUGGCAACUUUUGACUAGGUGGGAAAUAUAUUAAUACUCUGAGCUGUUGUUGCUCUAAUGUUAUAAUCUCUGUAUGUAAACUAAUAGGGUUAACAAACUUUCUUCAUAAAUUAUUUCAUACUAGCCCCAAUGUAGACUUGGUUUGGUCCUGGUCCAAUCCUUGUUUAGCUCUGGUCUAGCUCCAAGUUUAGUCCCACUUCAAUCACAAUUUUGUAGUUUGAGUACCAGUUUGAAACAUCCCAUAGGUGGGUAAAAUAGCCAAAAAAUGUGCUCAAGUAAGUGAAACGUUACUUCUAAAUAAAAGUAGUGGUCCAAGAAAUUAGUCAAGUAAGAGUAAAAAAGUAUUUGUCAAAACUUCUCGAGUAGAGUAACUUUAAGAGUAACUGACAGGAUGUAACAUUUGAUUUAUAAUUUGAAGUUUCUUUAAUUGGAAGAACAAAACAUUAAAUGCACAAAAUCUGGUAUUUUUAAAGUGUAGACACAAAAUGAGAAAAUCUUAAUCUUACAUGAAUGAGUGGUGCAAGAAACACAAAUGUUAAAAUUGUCGACAUAAAGCUUUUGUCACUUGUAGAUUCACUCACAGUGGGAAGAGUAACCAACACUUUUACUCAAGUAAGAAUACUGUCAUAUCAAUAAAAAUAUAGUACAGUGUACUGAUAGAAAAGUACUCUGAAACAUAUAAUUUCUUUAAAAAGUUACUCAGACAAAUGUAACUGAGUGCUACCCACCUCUGCCCAUGUCAGAGUAGAAGUAGUAGUAAUAGUAGUCUCUGUCUACUUCCUCAAACUUGACAUUUUAAAACGACAAGCCCCAUUCACACAAAACAAAAAUGCUCUUUGUACAGAAAAAUCUCCAGCUAAUAGGAACAAUUACUGUAAUAUGAAGUGACAUGAAGGUAUUUUCCUUGUACUGUCUUUAUUAUUUGCGAUUAGUUCAUUUUAUCUGUUACAAGUUGUACAUUGUCUAUUGCAAUCUAUUUAUCACAUAUUUCCAUGUAUUUUUGUCUAAUUUGCAUAUGACUUUUGCCUGUUAAAAUGCUUUGUAUAGGUUCUGCAUCUGCAUAAUCCUGUGCCUUUUUAAGGACCUCACCUGUCACAUUCCUGCUUUAAUAUCAUGCGUUUUACCUUUGCAAUCGAUCAAUUAUGUCAGUGUUGUACAUUUAUUAUUUUAUUGUUGAAUUUGAAUUAAAGCAACUUAAUUUAACAAAUAAACUCAUGUAAAAUUAUUUUUAUGUCUGUCUGACUCAUGGUAUAUACAGUUGAAACCUGAAGUUUACAUACAAUAUAUAAAAAAAACACACUUUUUUUCCCCCCCCCUCACUGUCUGGCAUGAAAUCAGACUAAACUUUUCUUGUUUUAGGUGAAUUAGAAUUACCAAAAUUAUU